AUGGUAUAUACGAUGAUAUCGGUGUGUUUCCUCCUGACCUUGACCUUGGUUGGUUCUGUGCGCGAGAAUUGUGUUUUUCCAUAUUAUAUAACAGAUAUUCAUUGGAACUAUAAGAUUGCCGUGAGUAAGUCAGAGAGGACACAAGUAGUGUUCACAAAUAACGACGUUACCUUCACCACGCAACAGUUGCCGAGCGAGUACGUCAUGAACAGAGUGACGUAUAUCUGUGACGAAAUGGCAGACAUGAAUAAGUUUCUUUUGAAAUCGUUUGAAGAUGACGGGAUUGCGCAGUUUAAGUGUUUGGAAAUAAUUGAACGUAGUAAGUCCGUUUUGCAAUUUCGAGAGUCCAAAACACAAGCUACUAAGUCCUUGUCCUUAUGCAAUCAGGAGAACCUCAUUUUGGAUCCGUGGCCUGUUAUCUCGUAUACCGACAUACUGUCGGAUAAUUCGCCUUGUCCAGUGAAUGCCGGAUACAACAUGAAGAUUGCCGAUGGAAAUGGUAAUGACCUUGGAUGUAACUUCAUGGAUCUGCCUAUGCGAUUUGAAAGUGAUUGUUUAGCAGGAGAAGGCGUGGUUUUCAAUUUCCGGAAACACGAGUGUACUAGUUUCUUAUCCACAGAAAUUCUACAGAAAACAAUCUGCAUCACACACUGGGUUGAAGGGAACUUUUUGUUUACGAUAGUCCGAAAGCACGACAGUGGUGAUGUUUGGUGUUUACGGUUUCCAAGGCGAAGGAUAGGGAAAGCCAUCAAAGUGGAACUAUUCACUGACAUCAUUUGUCCAGAAAACCCACCCUCCAAUUAUAAUGUGAAUUUUUUCACACUCUAUCUCGAAAAAGAAGUCCAAACGGAUUUAUGCGCCGAUGAAUAUUCACAAUGUUCGCGUAAACCUUGCAUGUCAUAUAUCCGCGAUCAGUGUCACAAAUCCUGUGGCAAAUGUAAAGUGGACGAACCUCUUCCAGUCUGUUCCUUUCCAAGGCGAUUUCGAGGGGAGUGGUAUCUCGGAAACUCACAGCCUGAAAACAUUAACAUUUCCGAGUCUGUAAUGCAAAUUGGAUCCAUCGGUCACUUCAAAUGUGUCGCUUUCUCUGAUUCCCCGCCGUCAAAAGAGCGGAUAUACACGACAAUAUCUUUAUUUGAAAAUGGCUGUCGUCCACGAUACACUUGUUUGGAUUUAAAACGGAUAAGUCCAUCCGUCAUUGGUUUUUCCAUUAGUCAAAGUUUUGUGUGGCCUCUCAAUGACAAUCAUCCUGGUGAAUCGAUCUGCAGCAAGGAAAGGUUUGAACCCGAUAAUGAACCGAUCGGUGAUCGAUAUCGAUCGCCUCCAAACGCAGCAAAGCCAAUACUUCCGAUCUCUCGGACGCUUGUGCCUACAUCCUGUCAUUUAAAAUCCGUGUAUAAUUUCCGCGCGCUAAUUAAAAGAACAUCUUCCUGUAAUGGAAAAAUAUACCAAGACUGCAAAAAUUCAUCUCUCAUUCGCAUGGAAUUCAACAGAUGUCGUAUUCAACAAGAUUCGUUGAAUUUCAUGUGUGUCGCGUCGUUUAAAGGAAGAUACUGGGAGAAGCUGUUGAUCCUGGUAAACAUAGAUAAUGUAUACGACUCUAAGUGCCUGGCAUUUACGUCACUAAAACCAUUGGAGGCGUUAAUGUUACACUCAAGUCAGUGUGAUAUGUACGCUUGGUCGUAUUAUGACGCGUCAAUACGCUCGGCGUACAUGCAUUUCCAUCUUCAACCGCAAGAUAAAACUUGCAAGGACAUACCCUUGCCAACAACAACGGCCCUUCCGGCUAUUUCUGAAGCAAAUAAAAUGAUAGAAGCAACUCCCGUUUCUGGUAAAAAUCUUCCUAAUCCUUCAUUGAUGAGAGACGGUUUACCUACUCCUACAUACAACAUGCCCAAAAAUUCAGAUAAAUCGGAAUUGUCUUCAAAAAAUACCGGAAGUUUGAGUAAAGGGGAGGUAAUAAGUGAUUCCCAAAAUAACGCACAGACACAUUUAACAUCAACACCUAUAUUUAUAACAUUACUUUCUAAUUUCGUAUUAUUACAUAUUUUUUUUGUGUAA